CCAAGACAUCGCCCCCAAUCGACAAUGCGUCUCCGCUCGCAUUUGCACCGACUACUUAGUCUCGCGAUCAACUGAAGCUGGAACGUGCAAAACCCUUGCUGAUCCCUCCAGUGCGGCUCUCCAAUCGCUCGCGUUGAUGUUGAACGUUGACUCCACAUCGAUUCCCAUCGAGUCAUUCACGGAAAUCCACGAAGCCUUCCCUUGGAUGUCCAAGUGUUUCGCAGCCAUCGACCCUUUAGCAGUCUUCGCCUCGCUGAUUCAGUCUACUCAGGGGUGCCUGUCGACUGCCGAAGAUAUCGAUCUCAGUCCUAUGACCACGCGUAAGGCAUCGAGCGCCUGUACUACACUUCAAGAGAACGUCGUCCCGUGCAUCCAGACUCUCCCUCAUGGCUGCUCUUGAUAGCACCAGCACGUGCUGCGACGACUUUCUCACUCAAAUCAAGUCGCUCUUCGGUGAUUCGCUCGACGACAUGGUCACCAUGCUGCUUCAACUCGGUACCAAGGCCAUGUGCUCGCAGAGGACCUACACAAACGUGAAAGGCGUUUCAACGACGGAGUUUUGUGGCUACGUCGUCAUCAAAUCUUUUGAGGAAAUCGAGUCGCAAAACGCUGUUGCCACGAUAUUGAGCUUGUUCCAGAUCCCAAGCAACCAAAUGUGCAAGGCCAUGGAAGGGAAAUCGUUCACCACCACCGAAGGCGGCUCUGCUAGAAUUGAGUUUAAUACUGAAGACUACGACACAAUGGGCAUUUGCGUGCAGCCGGUAGACAACUUGAUCCAGUACAUCGCGUCUUGGCCGAUCUUCUCGCUUACCUUCGAUGCCAACGGAACUGACAUCACACUGGCGAACCUGUUCAAGUCGGGCAAGUCGGUCCGCGGUGACUUGAUCUUGUCGUACAUGGCGACGCUGACCAAUCUGCCACUGAUCUUACUCCGAGCGCUGGACAGUUUAGCGCAGGAGCUAGGUGGUGGAGGGGAUUCCGGAAGCUGGGGCGACUCGAGCAGCUCGAUAGUGGACUCGUUCCUGGAACUCAUCAACACACUCAGUUACUUCGCCGACAUGAGCGUGCACAUCCCGAACGACGGUGGCUGCACCUACGCCGACCAGUCUCUUUCGGAUCCUUCAACCGGCUCAGCAUCGUCAUCAGGCUCCUCGGCGACGACUACAACCGCUACGGAUACGAGCGCUGCUUCUGCGCUGAAGCCGGCGGUCAUGGCGGGUAUCGGUGCGGCGCUCCUCUUGAUGGCACAGCUAUAG